AUGUUGCCAAAAUUGGCCGUGUGCAUAAUGUGGCUACAGAUCCUGUAUCUUCUCACCGUUAACUCUGACGGUGCUGUCGUCAACAAUAAGAAGAGAAUCGUGGUCGAAGAGAACAAUGGAGCUGCGGGAAAAGAGAAUAACGAAAAUGGAGCCGUGGGGAAAGAGAAUAACGAAAUGGUAAUACGAUAUCUGCAGAGAUACGGGUAUUUAAACGAGAGGUUCGAUAAGUUAGCGAACAGCGAGGAUACAUUCGUUCUUCAACACGCAAUCAGCCUGUUUCAAGAGUAUUACAAAUUACCUGUUACCGGCAUGAUAAACAACGAAACUCUAAACCAGAUGAGUAAAGCGCGAUGCGGUCUACGCGACAUAGCCAAUUUCGAAGAGGAGGGGCAAAAGAAAGAUACGCGUAGGUGGCCGAAAAAACACCUAACGUGGAAUUUUCACUUGGCCAACAAACCGGUCUUGGAUACGACUCGGGUGGCGUUCGAUGUUUGGCAAGCGCAUUCGACGCUAACGUUUGAGCGCGACGUGGUGAGGCCAAAUAUUCUUCUAUCGUGGCGCGCGGCUCAUCACACGUUCGUCGAGUCGCAAAACGGUGAAGUUUGCACGAACCCUUUCGACGGUCCCGGCGGCACGCUGGCUCACGCUUUCUAUCCCAAUGGAGCACCGGAUUACACGUCGGAGAUUCACGUCGACAAAACGGAACCGUGGUAUAUAUAUGUCGAGUUAGAUACGUGUCCAUCGGACAAAGCGUAUUUGCUAUACGUGUUGACCCACGAAAUCGGUCAUGCGUUAGGAUUAGAUCAUAGUACCAACAAUGCGUCGAUAAUGUAUGCGUUCGUACCAGUAGACCCCCGUCCUGUUGUGCUCAGCAACGAAGACAUUAUAAAUAUACAGAAUCUGUAUGGCGCUACGGAUACCGACGUGUCACCGAAAACGAAUCCCAUGCCGCCACCACCAAACGCUCCACCGGAUCUAUGCGCCUUGAAACGCGUCGACGCGAUACUGUUGUUGGAAAGACGAAUGUACAUAGCAUACGGAAAACAUAUAUGGGCGAUCGACAUAGAUGGAAAGACCUACAGCGAACCUAUGCUGCUGUCCAAUUACAUGCCAUUCAUUCAUUCGAACUUCACGCGCAUCUCCGCCGCGUAUCAAACGCCAUCGGAUCAUCUGAUUCUAUUCGUCGACGAUAAAAUUUACAAAGUCAAUUAUCCCGACUUCACGCUAGUGUCAACGUGGCCGAGAACGUUUCGCGAAUUUGGAAUUCCUAUGAAUGCGAAAAUAAACGCUGCUGUAAAUACAAACAAAGGAAAAUCGUACGUGGUGUACGACGGAUAUCUCGUCGGUGAGAUAGACGACUGCUCCGACAGCAUUAGCAAAUAUCACACCAUCGAGUCCGUCUUUCCAGGCAUACCGAAUGGAGUGACGUCAAUCUUCAGAUACAUCGACGGCAAUCUGUAUUUCACGACCCGACGACAGUUUUAUAAAUUCAACGAGUUUACGAAAACUGUACUAACGGCGGGUACGUUCGAUCUGCGAAUCGUCAACAUUAUUUGCCCGCGAUACGACUUGUUGAAACAAUUGCGCGAUCUCCUCUAUCGAAUAGCGCGACCGAGCAAUAUACUCACUAACGACGAUGAUUAUUAUUAA